AUGGCGACGACCGAAAUCCAACCGCCCUCCUUGCACGAUGUGGACUCGUACGUGCCCAGGGGCCUGGUGCGCACGGGCACGCUCUUCAUCAUCGUCUACAGCAACUGCACAGCACUCCUGUUCAUCUUGUUAUCGACGAUGCUAUUCAGAUACUCUUUCUCCGAGGAGCGCAAACGCAAGCUUCCGAUCCUUGUCGUGCUAAGCUUGAGCAUGGUAUUGGGGCUAUUUGGCAGCAUACUAAAUACCGUAUUCUGGGCGACCUUGCUACUGCGCGAUCGUGAUGAGGAUGGCUCAGCCAUCAAUGCAGCUUCAUACUGGUGCUUGACCACAGCGAUGCUCUUCGUCACCCCGUUGGUAGCUCACGUAGCGGUCGUGCUUCGCAUCGUGUCCUUCUACCCGCCGAUGCUCGCUGGAGCACGCAAGCGCUUGCUCGUUAUCGCUCCGCCCAUGAUCCUCAAGAUUGCACGGGUACCUUUCAUCGGACUGUACCUCCGCGAGGGAUAUCAGAGCGUGGCAGCUAGAGGAGGCGCUGCCGCUUUCGACAAUGGUCUCUCGCAGACGUGGGACAAUAGAUGGCCCACCGUGGAGUUCGCCUUGACAGUGGUAGACUCCUUGUACUGCUUUGCUGUGCUCUUGCGUAAGUUCCAUCAGCUUGGCAACGAAACGCAGCACCAUCGCAACGCCCUGCUGGAUCGUCGUCGUGGCCGCGUCGUGGAUGCGAUUCAACAAUUCUUCGCCGGUGUUGGAUUCACCUUUGCGUUCCCGACUAUCUACAACAUCGCAGUUCUGACCUGCAUUGCGAUGCCGAGCUACCGAGUCUCGCCGACCAAUAACGGAUUCCUCUUGGUCAGCAACGUCUUCGUGCAGGUAUUUGGAGCGACUCUGGCUUGCACCAAUGCAUCCGCUCACUGGCGGGACGAUAGAUUCGUCAACGGCACUCCCGUCAGCAGAAACUCUUGGGCUGCCCGCGCGCAGUCCAUGGCGGACGUGGAAGGCGGAUUUGCGUCCACAAGGAGACCACCCAAACCUGUGCUCAUCACGCCCAAUAUUGACACGCCGUCCGAAAUGGUACAGUCGAGCUUUGGAGGCAACCCAUUCGAACGAGCGCUUGCAAGGAUGCGUUCACGCAAUUUCGAAGGGCAUGAGGCGGUCAGCAGGGUUGCCACCAGACAACGCGAGGACGAAGGGGCGGAGCUGAGAAAGGUCCUCUCGCAGUAUUCUGGACCCGCUGUCGCGCACACGGCUGACGCUGGGCGUCGGGAGGGAAAUGCCACAGGCCGCCGACCCAGGACUGGCGACUCUGAUCACACCUUGUUCGGGGCAUCGCCGUCCAGGCGUGGAUCAGCUUGCAAGAAUUCCUCUUCGCCAACGACGAGCCCGGCUCUGGCACAAGACGCGAGCCCCAAUGAUGCUGUCGCCUCACUCCGUCUCGACUCGCGAAGACCAAGCGAGUCAACCCUGUUCGGCAGUCCCAGCAAAGCUAGCACCGGCGACCCGGCUGUUGGCGAGCCGCCGUUCCAGCCCACCCUUCCUCCCACGAGAGCAAGCGACCUUGCCAGCUCCGAUGUGCAAGAGUUGCAACGCGAAAGCAACGAGCGAUCCGUCUCGCCUCGCACCUCGACCAGCUAG